CUCCUCCCCUCGCCUUCCUCGCCGCUUCCCCAGGCACUCUCCCGGCGGCGGCAGCUGCGCCGCCAAAGCCCCGGGCCCCAGCGGCCCCCCACCCCUCACUCGCGCGCUCCCACACUGCCUCCCCCCCCUCCCCGGGGGGAAGGCCUUUUAAUUUAUUUAUUCUGCUGGGACUGAGGUGGGGGGCUCGGCUGGCGGGGGAGAGGGGGGUCUCCACGGCUUCUACCUCCCCCGCGGCUGGGGCUACCCUUCGAGCUACGGAACACUCCACGGUGUGCGCCCCCAGGGCCUCCCAAACUGUUUCUAAACUGCCCAGACCGGAGGUGGACGCGUGGAGGCUCGGCGAAAGGGCUGGGUUUCGAGUGGGGUGAUUGUGUGUGUUCGACUACUAGGAGCCUGGGGAGGGAGGCAGACGUCGACCCCAAACGAGUUGCAAUCGAGGUAUCUCCGAUCCCGCUUCCUCUUCGGCCCGCACACCCCCUCCCUCCCUGGAGCUGUGCUGGGGAGGGGAAACCAAGAUUUGGAAGCACCUUAGCCUUCACAUUCCUGGGAGGAUACAGCCCUCGCCUGGAACUGGAAGAUAGCUCUUUAUUUUUUUCCUUUUUUCCUCUCUUUUUAUUUUUGGAGGGGAUCGCCCAGUGAUUGUCUUGAACACAUGCUUCUUCCUCCCUCCUUCCUCCAGCCACCAGCGACGGAGAGUCCCCUUUUUUGCAUUUAUCAUUUUCCUUCCCCUUUCUUUAUUAAAGGUCCGGGAGUGGCGGCGGCCAAUCAGCGCUCGGCUUCCAUUUUGUGAGUGCAACUCUGAGGCUUCCCCGGCUUUCGCGUGGAUCUGUUUGCAGACCUCUCGGUCUCUCUUUUGGGCUGCCGAGGCGAAGCAGCCGCCUCGCCGGGGCUUCGUGGUGGUGUAUUUCAUAUUGGGGCUCUUUUUCGGGGUUUGUAAUUUGGCCGUGGGUAGGUAAUUGGCUGGAGCAGGGCGGCAGGGCGCGGCAGCCAAUCAGCACGCGGCUUCUAUAGGGCUUGAGUUAUUAGACGCUGAUCUCAAAACAUCCUUCAUCAGACUCCAAGGAGAGGCCAACAGAUGAGGGGAGCCAUUUUUCUGCAAUGGAAUUAAAUGGCCAAGUGGGUUUUUCCUUUGUUGCAAAUGGGGAAUGCUUUUCCUUUGACUCCACCAUCCAGUUCAGGACGCCUGAAUGUGUUUAACAUUUGCCAAAGGACUCACACUUGGAAGAAUGAAGAAGACCUUUUAAAAAGAUCUGGAUCUUUCCUUAUGACUUGGAAUCCAUCUUUGUCUUGUAUAACUAGGUCAUAGCACACUAUUAAUGUCAGCAGUUAACAGUUUUGAAUUCAAAAAAACCUAAGUAAAUGACAUAUUUAAUUUUUUUCCUCUUUUUUUCUUGGGUGGGUGGAGGGGAGAGCUUGGAGCUGUCUUAAUCUGUAUUCUCUUGACUGAACAAUAAAUUUUUAAAUAUAGUUUCCUCUAUUAAACACUUAAGCCUGACCAUCUUAUUAACUCUUUUUUAACAAGGUAAUGUUUUAAAUGUAUAGUUGUAGCGAAAUGGCAACAAUAACAAAAAUCUGUGAGCUGUUGUUACUGUUAAGUUUUCUAAAAACCUUUUACAUUGUAAGUACCCAAUCCAUUCUGUCCUUACUGCACUUGAGUUUUCGUGUUACUGUCGCCUGAGAUGAACUGAAUUUUCGGAACCUUCAUCUGCAUGUGUUGUCUUUGUCUCUGUCUGAUGUAAGUCAGUUAAAAUGCUUUUAGACCUUUGCUUCUAUAAAAAUACGAUUUUUUUAGCUUCAAGCUUUUUGGGGGAAAAAAUGUUUACAGCAAUAGUUGCUAUUCAGAUUUCUUCCCAGUAGCUCUUAACACUUUCUUUGAAAAUCGAUCUAUUUGAAGAAAAACAGCUGUUUUUCUCGACUUGGGUGUGGGGUGGUGGAGGGUGAAAGAAAGGAAGACCUUUUGUAUAAAAAAACUGAAAGCCGUCACUGAAAAUUAGAUUAAAACUGGACAAAAAGCCCUAGCCGGUUCAAGCCAAACACCUACGUUAACUCGGUGGUAUUUUCUCUGUCGGUUGGGAUGGCUGGUGAGCUAUUUUGCCUUUUGUUUGAUUUGACUGUGUUUUUGCCUUUUGUUUCUUAAUGAUGAUCACACCAUUGGUAAAUCCAGAGCAGUAAACAGUCCUCAGCGAAGCCGCCUUUUUGCCAGCCCAACCCUGGAAAGUUUGCAGUCGUGGAAGGAGCAGAAAUACCAUGAGUGUAACUUACAAAAAGGUAACAACAAAAGGACACCAUAACCCCAGAUUUUUACCUCAACUAAACAACCAAACAAUACCCCCUCAAAAAAAAAAAAAAAAACCUUAUUUUUAUAAUAACAUCUCCAAAAACACCGCCCAGCUUUUUCUUCUAGACUCCAUGGCACCGGGCUGAGCCGGUAAGUAAAAAACUAAAAUUAAAAAAGAAAAAACAAUUUAAAGUAUAUUUUGCCCCCUUCGAGGAACUCGAUUGAGCAGGCCGUGGGCUACAGAUGAUUGGGAGCUGGGGUUGAGCUUGAGUUUGGCAGCCGAUUGCAGUGGGCGGGUGAGGGGACGAGGACUCUCCAUACCCCUGUGCCUCUUUUGCCCCAAAGGCGAGGAGAGCCUGUCCCCAGUACCCUGGGGCAUCCAUGGAGCUGUCUGCGUUAGUUCCUUUGGCUCGCCUCAGGUCUGAACCUUGGUGGCAGAGAAGAAAUUUCAUGUGCUUUGGAGAUGGAGGGGCUGAAAAAGCGAGGAUACCUUCCCACCCAAUCUAAGGUCUCGUUCCCAUUCGAUUGUGGGUGUUUCUGCACCCGGAAGCCAGCUCUUCGGGGCUCCGGGGCUCGUCUGCUCUUCCAAAGAGAAAAAGGACAAAAGGCCGGCGUCCAUGUUGGCACCAUGACGCAGCAUCUCUCCCGCCUGCAGCCCGGCGCUGCUUGUCCUCCGGGCCGCGCUCGCUCCUCCCUCCCAAACACGAGUUUUAUUUUCAGGUUUUUGAGCCGAGCCGAGGGCUGGGUCGGGUUGGAGCCAAAGCUGAAGCCGCCCGGCCGUUCACUACUGCUAUGGCUAAUGGCGGCCGGCUUUCCUCCUUCCUUCCGCCAUCCUGCUUUCCCCCGGUUGUCGCUGGGAGCCGGGAGGCAGUACCGGGCCCUAAGAGCCUGCGAGGCACGGCGCCCGCGAUCCUGGUGACGGGUCUCGGGGGACCUUAGGCCUCGGGGGGGGGGGGCGUCGCGCACCAUAAUUCCCGACUCGCUCCCCCCAGCCCCCUCCCCGGGCGCGGCUCGGACAGUGGCGGCCGCGGGGGAAGCCGAGGCCGGGUAGGGCGAGCCGCUGGAGGCGGGUUGAGGACCCCGAUCUCCGUUGCAGCCCCGGACUCCCAAGGCCCACGCGGGCACGAGGCCUCGCUCUGGCUGCCCUUGCCUGCCGUUCUGCCUCGGAACAGGAGCCAGUAGUAGCCAAGGGCUAAGCCAAGGGCUCUAGCCUCCCUUCACUGCCCACUCGGCUUCAGGAGACCCACCCCUGCCUCCCCCAGUCGUCCUCUGAUUGUCGAGCCGGAGGGGCGGGUCUCCCUUUUUGUCCCCACUUUGGGUUAGAGGCCCUCGCCGAGGCUGAGUCCCUUCACUUGGACGCCAGGGGCACAGCCUCCAUCCAACCCAGCUCUGUGGGUUGGAGGUCUUGGCCGGAGACCGGAGCAAUGUCUGUGUUGUCCCCACAGUAGACACUCCUUGCUUCCUCUGGACAACUGGAGCAGGCCUAGUUUGACUGACAAGCCUUCCCACUAAGGGCAGGAAGACUAUGAUCGGCUGCGCCCGCUGUCCUACCAGAACACGCACCUCGUUCUCAUCUGCUAUGACGUCAUGAACCCCACCAGUUACGACAACGUCCUCAUCAAGUGGUUCCCUGAAGUCACGCAUUUCUGCCGAGGGAUCCCCAUGGUGCUCAUCGGCUGCAAGACGGACCUGAGGAAGGACAAGGAGCAGCUGCGGAAGCUCCGGGCGGCCCAGCUGGAGCCCAUUACCUACACACAGGGCCUGAGUGCCUGUGAACAGAUGCGAGGCGCGCUCUAUCUGGAAUGUUCUGCCAAGUUUCGGGAGAACGUGGAAGAUGUCUUCAGGGAAGCCACCAAGGUGGCCCUCAGCGCCCUGAAGAAAGCACAGAGGCAGAAAAAACAGAGGAUCUGCCUGCUGCUGUGACCCUAGGGGCAGAGGGCCUGAGUGGAACUAACAUAGCCGGGGACCCAGGCCCAGGCUCCUUCUGAGGCUCUGCCCCAGCGCAGCCCCCCAGUGUCUGGCAUCUGGGGCUAGACGCUCAGAACAUUCUGGAAUGGCCCCCCUUGGGUUCAGGCUGCAGUGCACUGGUGAAUGAGGGCGCCAGACCCACCAAUGUUCCUCUACCCUGGGACUGGCAUUUGUCCCAGGCCACAGAGGCGCCCUUGUCACAGCUCCACUUUGCCCCAAGCCAUGCGUGUCUCCCUUUCUAAACCCAACUCAUGCCUGAAACUCAGAACGGCACUGAGAGCUGUGGGUAAACACGGAUGUGCAACGCGGUUCACGAGAGUCCCGAGCCCAGUGUUUCUGUCACUGUCUCCCUGAGCUCCUGAGAUAGGCUGGGCUACAUCCUCCAGCCUCUUCCUGCUUCCCCUCAGGAACCUGGGGACCACAGCCUAUCAGGAGAACACAGGCUUCAAGCCGGACAUGGGGCUGGCACCAGCCUCUCUCUUCCUACCACACUGAGGACUUCUGUCUCAGGCUUGGUCACAGUCUGAGACACAUGUUCAGAGGGAGAAGAAACAAUCUGUCAAAGUGUCAAAUAGACUCGGGCCAGCCAGCCCACCCAUCUGAUCCCUGUUCCAGGUCUGAUCUCCAACCCCCUCGCCCCCCAGCCAGCUUCCAUUGGAAAUUCCUAAUGGUCAGUGCUUGUCCUACCUUUAGGGGCCUCAGGCAAAUGGGCUCUCCCUAGACUAUGGCCCACCUGUAAAGGCCAGGUUUGGGCUAUUUAGAUAGUCAAGCUUCUCGCCACCUGACUCCAUUUCUGCUUCUACUGGGUGUGGAGCUCAGGAGUGGACUACCUCUGCCUCCUUCCAGAACUGACAUGGCCACCCCCACCCACGCUGGACAGUUUCUCAGAACUAGCCUGCUGACCACCAGUGUCUGACCACGUUCUGGAAGGUCUAGAGUCUGCCUUUCAGAACUGUUCAAGCCCAGUGUACCAGGUAGGUUUAGGGCCUCCAGGAUGGAAGGCACCAUCUGAGAAGCCGUCACGAUCUUGGCUGGCCUGUCUGCUACAGCGCCACUUGACUUGGCCCCCCGGAGUCAGACUGCCAAGGAAAGAGACUUCCGGCCCCCUUCCCCAAAUGCUCCAAGGCCCUGCUGUCCCCUGUGGAACCAACCAAGACCUCGUGUUCUCUCAGAAUCGAUGGCCUUGUGGACAGAUUGCGGUGUAUACAGCAGCAGUCAGCAAACCACAGCCUGUGGGCCGCAUGUGGCCGCUGCCUGUUUUUGUAAAUAAAGUUUUAUUGAACAGCC